AUGGAGAGUAUUAUAGCGAGUGAAUGUGAGACUGUUGGAGAGGAAAUGAAUAGUGGAAAGAGAAAACGAAUGAAGAGCACAUCGAAAAGGGAAUUAGAGCAUGAAAACAGGGCGCCGCCGGCACCUGGCGAGAACUUGUCCGUCCGGCGUGCAGGUGGAGGAGGCGGAGGGGCGGCGAGGCUUUCCCACGGGGCGGGCGAUCGGAAGCGCCGCCUGGAGAGUUGCACAAUGACCGCCGCAAUUAGCCGCGCCAUUAAGGGCCGGCCCCCGGAGGCUGGGCCGCGGUCUCCUCCCACCUGCCGCCGUCUCCGCGAAUUUACCGGCGCCGCCCGCCGCACUCCCGAGAAGAACGCACGCGGCCGUGCAGUGCGGGAGCGCGCGCCUCGGGGCGCCGAGUGGCGAAGCUGCCGCUGCUCCCCGCGUGGGGCGCGCGUUUGCCGCCAGAGCCCGCCAGCGGCAGCCGGCGGGGAGCAAGCAGAUGCUAAUGUAUGGCAGCCCGGGGCGGGACCGGGCGCGGCCCCCAUUGGCCGGCGCGUGGCCGGCGAUUGGCGCGCGCGGCCGGCGGGGGCGUGUCGGCCCGCCCCGGGGAGCGGCCGGUGGGGGCGGGCCGCGGUGCGGGCGGGCGCGGAGCGGCGCGGCGCGGCGCCGGCUUGUUCCUCCGCGCGCGCGACGGCCGGCGGACGUGUGCGCGAGACCAGAUCACGGUGGCAGCCAGCGUUAGCGUCGGCGUCACGACGGCGGCGUCUCCGUGGCCCGGGCUGGGGCUAG